AUGGCAGAAUUAGAACUAACCGAAGAAGAAUUAACACAAAAACAUAAAAAGGAACGGAGAGAAUUGCAAGGUAAUAAGAUAAUUUAAUUUUAGUUUACAAAAUAUUUUUUUUUCGAUUAUUGAUUAUACGUUUUUCAACGUAAAAUGAUUUAUAAUAUUGUAUUUACAUGAAACGUUUUAUUAAUAAUAUUUUAUUCCAUUGUAACUAUUUAUUAUUAUAUUUUAUAGAUACUUUUUAAAAUAUACAACUAUUUAAUUAUUAUAUUUCAAAUUUUAGCACAAAUACAAACGCUAAAAAAGUCAAUUUGUAAAGGUGAUAAGAAAAAGAAAAAAGAAGUGACUGAGGAAAUUAACCGCUUAGAAGAAGCUUUAGAUAAAAAGCAAGAAGAAGAGUUAAUAACAUGGAAAGUUACGCAUCUUAAUAUUAAUAAUGUGGAAAAUGAAGAUACAGAGAGUAACAAUGACAAAAGCACAAAAAAUAACAAACAAUAUGAGCAGCCAAUACAUAGAAUUUCAAAAGCACAAAAAAGAAGAGACAAGAAAGCAAAUGCAGAGAAGGAACGUAAUCAGAGAAUUAUAGAGCAAGAGGCAUUAAAUGUUUUUGGAAAAAGAAAUAUAGAAUUGCAAACUAUUAAACAAAUACUCUGUGAUCGUGUUUAUAUAAUGCUGUUGCACAUCAGCUAAAAAUUAUAGGAGAAACUCCAUUGAAUUUUCAUGAACUUAGAACAAAAACUGCUGUAUAUUUGAGAGAAAACAUGAAUGAAUUUUUACCAUUUAUUUCUAAUCCAGAUUCUGAUGAUCUUCUCUCACGAGAACAAUAUGAGAAAUAUUGUGAUGAUGUGGCAGGUACAAGUGCCUGGGGUGGAGCUAUUGAAGUUCUUUCGCAUGUAUUGAAAUGUCCAAUAGAAGUUAUUCAGGCAUCAGGUGUACCAUAUAUUAUUGGUGACGACUAUAACAAUGAAAAAAAAAUGAUAUUGACUUAUCAUCGUCAUAUGUAUGAAUUAGGUGCUCAUUACAAUUCUGUUACAAAAUAUGUUCAAGAAGAAAGCUGA